CUACACCUCCCGACUGGCAGCGCGCGGCUGCGCCUGCGCCCUGAUACCUGUCGCCAUCUUGCCCCUUCUGAGGCACAGCAAACAAACCCAAUUCCUGGUGUCCCCUAGUCUUGGCGGAGGAGCCUUUUAGAUGAGCCCAGAAAGGCCGGGCAGGGAAGACAAGCUCUUUGGGGCUACCAAAAAGAAGCAGCAAUGCCUGUUGUGUGGCCAACACUUUUGGAUCUCAGCAGGGAUGAAUGCAAAAGGAUUCUUCGAAAAUUGGAAUUGGAGGCAUAUGCUGGAGUUAUCAGUGCACUUCGGGCACAGGGAGAUCUCACCAAGGAAAAGAAAGAUCUUCUUGGAGAACUCUCAAAAGUUCUUAGCAUCUCAACAGAGCGCCACCGUGCUGAAGUUCGGAGAGCAGUAAACGAUGAACGGUUAACAACAAUUGCACAUAAAAUGAAUUUAUCCUUAUAUUUGGGUGAAAGACCAAGUUACAGUAUGUCUGGACCUAAUAGCUCUUCAGAAUGGUCCAUUGAAGGUCGUCGAUUGGUACCCCUGAUGCCUCGGCUGGUUCCCCAAACUGCCUUCACUGUAACAGCUAAUGCUGUUGCCAAUGCAGCUAUCCAGCACAAUGCAUCUCUUCCAGUGCCUGCAGAAACAGGAAGCAAGGAAGUAGUGGUUUGCUAUUCCUACACAAGUACCACGUCAACCCCAACCUCUACCCCUGUUCCAAGUGGCAGCAUAGCAACGGUUAAGUCUCCAAGACCUGCCAGUCCUGCCUCCAAUGUAGUUGUCUUGCCAAGUGGAAGUACUGUUUAUGUCAAAAGUGUUAGCUGUUCAGAUGAAGAUGAAAAACCCAGAAAACGAAGGCGAACAAACUCUUCUAGCUCCUCCCCCGUUGUCCUAAAGGAAGUUCCAAAGGCUGUUGUUCCGGUCUCAAAGACGAUCACUGUACCUGUGAGUGGCAGUCCUAAGAUGAGCAACAUCAUGCAGAGCAUUGCCAACUCCUUACCACCCCACAUGUCUCCUGUGAAAAUAACCUUCACCAAACCAUCAACACAGACAACAAACACAACAACACAGAAGGUUAUUAUAGUGACCACAUCACCAAGUUCAACCUUCGUGCCCAACAUUCUCUCCAAAUCCCAUAACUAUGCAGCAGUCACUAAGCUUGUACCAACAUCAGUCAUUGCUUCCACAACCCAGAAGCCACCAGUGGUUAUAACUGCUUCACAGUCCUCUCUGGUCAGUAGUAGCAGCAGUGGCAGCAGCAGUUCUACACCAUCACCUAUUCCUAAUACAGUUGCAGUAACAGCUGUGGUUUCUUCCACACCAUCUGUGGUCAUGUCAACAGUAGCACAAGGUGUAUCUACAUCAGCAAUCAAAAUGGCAUCAACCAGACUUCCUUCUCCCAAAAGCUUAGUGGGUGCCCCAACUCAGAUUCUUGCACAGUUUCCUAAACAGCAUCAACAGUCUCCUAAGCAGCAGUUACAUCAAGUACAGCAACAGACACAGCAACAGGUGGCCCAGCCUUCUCCAGUAUCUCAUCAGCAACAGCCUCAGCAGUCUCCUUUGCCACCUGGUAUCAAGCCUACCAUUCAAAUCAAACAGGAGUCAGGUGUUAAAAUCAUCACACAACAAGUUCAACCAAGUAAAAUCUUACCCAAACCAGUGACAGCAACUCUGCCCACCAGUAGCAAUUCCCCUAUUAUGGUGGUUAGCAGUAAUGGUGCAAUUAUGACAACUAAACUGGUAACCACUCCUACUGGCACACAGGCAACCUAUACUCGGCCAACAGUGAGCCCAUCUAUAGGUCGGAUGGCUGCAACCCCUGGAGCUGCAACCUACGUGAAAACUACCAGUGGUAGCAUUAUUACAGUAGUACCCAAAUCAUUAGCUACCUUGGGGGGCAAGAUAAUUAGCAGUAAUAUAGUUUCUGGAACGACUACCAAAAUCACUACAAUCCCAAUGACUUCCAAGCCCAAUGUGAUUGUUGUGCAAAAGACUACAGGAAAAGGAACCACCAUUCAAGGCCUCCCGGGCAAAAACGUUGUCACAACAUUGCUAAAUGCUGGAGGAGAAAAGACUAUUCAGACGGUGCCAACAGGAGCAAAGCCAGCUAUUAUCACUGCUACAAGACCCAUCACCAAAAUGAUUGUAACUCAGCCAAAAGGAAUAGGUUCCACAGUUCAACCAGCAGCUAAAAUCAUCCCAACAAAAAUUGUUUAUGGGCAGCAAGGGAAAACACAGGUUCUUAUUAAACCUAAACCAGUGACGUUUCAAGCUACAGUUGUUAGUGAACAAACAAGGCAGCUGGUCACGGAAACAUUACAGCAAGCAUCCAGGGUGGCAGAGGCUGGUAAUUCAUCUAUUCAGGAGGGAAAAGAAGAACCACAGAGUUAUACAGAUAGUAGUUCCUCUUCUACGGAGUCCUCCCAAAGUUCCCAAGAUUCCCAGCCUGUAGUUCAUGUAAUUGCUUCCCGGCGUCAGGAUUGGUCAGAACAUGAGAUUGCAAUGGAGACUAGCCCCACCAUAAUUUAUCAGGAUGUAUCCAGUGAAUCACAAUCAGCUACUUCAACAAUCAAAGCUCUGUUAGAACUCCAACAGACAACAGUAAAGGAAAAAUUGGAAUCUAAACCAAGACAACCCACUAUUGACUUGAGUCAAAUGGCAGUGCCUAUUCAGAUGACCCAGGAAAAGAGACAUUCUCCUGAGAGUCCAUCAAUUGCUGUGGUAGAGUCCGAACUAGUUGCUGAAUACAUCACUACUGAUGCUGUGGUGAUUUCUGGAGAAAUAUCAUCACCUCCUCUAUUUUCAGUCAGCCAUCGCUCCCAGCCUCAACAGCCCUCCCAGCCUCAGCGGACCCUCCUCCAGCACGUGGCUCAGUCACAGACCGCAACACAGACUUCGGUGGUGGUGAAGUCCAUCCCAGCAUCUUCCCCUGGAGCAAUCACCCACAUCAUGCAGCAGGCGUUAAGCAGUCACACUGCUUUUACCAAACACAGCGAGGAACUUGGAACUGAGGAGGGCGAGGUUGAAGAGAUGGACACUUUAGACCCUCAGACAGGUCUGUUUUAUCGAUCUGCCCUGACUCAGUCACAGUCAGCUAAACAGCAGAAACUUAGCCAGCCACAGCUGGAACAGACUCAGCUGCAAGUGAAAACUCUGCAGUGCUUCCAGACUAAACAGAAGCAGACCAUCCACCUGCAGGCAGACCAGCUCCAGCACAAACUCCCGCAAAUGCCCCAGCUUUCCAUCAGGCAUCAAAAACUCACCCCUCUCCAGCAAGAACAAGCACAGCCCAAGCCAGAUGUACUGCACACACAGCAUCCCAUGGUGGCCAAAGACAGGCAGCUUCCUACCUUAAUGGCACAGCCCCCACAAACUGUAGUACAGGUGCUUGCAGUGAAAACCACGCAGCAGCUCCCCAAACUGCAGCAGGCUCCGAACCAACCAAAAAUCUACGUGCAGCCCCAAACCCCCCAGAGCCAAAUGCCGCUCCCAGCCUCGUCAGAGAAACAGCCGGCAAGCCAGGUGGAGCAGCCAGUUAUAACCCAAGGAUCCUCUGUUACAAAGAUAACUUUUGAGGGGCGCCAGCCUCCCACAGUUACAAAGAUAACUGGUGGCAGUUCUGUGCCUAAGUUGACAUCACCAGUUACAAGCAUAUCUCCCAUUCAGGCCUCUGAGAAGACAGCAGUGUCAGACAUUUUGAAAAUGUCUUUGAUGGAAGCUCAGAUUGAUACAAAUGUAGAGCAUAUAGUAGUGGAUCCCCCAAAGAAGGCUCUUGCCACUAGUAUGCUCACUGGUGAAGCAGGAUCAUUACCCUCCACCCAUGUGGUGGUGGCAGGGAUGGCGAAUUCCACUCCCCAGCAACAGAAAUGUAGAGAGUCCUGUUCAAGUCCAUCUGCUGUUGGCCCUCCCCUAACGACAAGGAAAAUCGAUGCACCAGGAGUGCCUACGACAGGCCAGUUCAUGCGUAUUCAGAAUGUAGGCCAAAAGAAAGCUGAAGAGAGCCCAGCAGAAAUUAUCAUCCAGGCCAUUCCCCAGUAUGCUAUUCCUUGCCACUCCAGCUCCAAUGUGGUAGUAGAGCCCAGCGGGCUCCUUGAGCUAAACAACUUCACCAGUCAGCAGUUGGAUGACGAUGAGACAGCAAUGGAGCAGGACAUAGACAGUAGCACAGAGGAUGGAACCGAACCCAGCCCCUCUCAGAGUUCUGCUGAACGGUCCUAGUGUUUUGGACACAGGAGUGCACUUUAAAACCUACUUGGUUACCAAGUGUCCAGGGAAGCCCUUGUAUUUUGAUGUCUAAAGAGAGCACUUUGCCCAUGCUUAGGCUGUGGACCCUGAAACAGCAGUGUUUGAACAAGAAUUGCUGCAGGAGUAGCAUUUUAAAACAAGAUAAAACUUACAGGGGAAUGUACUUUUUUUUGAAAAAAGAAAAAGAUGCACAUCUACAGUGACGUGAGACAUGAUAUUCUUUCUCUGUUGGACCAUGGCUAAUGGAAAAGUUUGUCUUGCAGUGGAAAGAGACUUUUCCUGUGAAUGUUUCUCAGCUGGUUUCUACUGAGCAAAACACCAUCAACAAAGGAGAAUGUGAAUAGUUUGUAUUUUGAAACAGUG